AAAGCAACUACUUCUCCUUCAUCUACAUCCGGUACAACCCAGAAAAACAAGACCCUUUCGACGAUGAACAAAACUGUUCGGAGCACGCCAUUAGCUGAUCGUCUAGGUGCGAGUUUCGUCGAGGAAUUGAGCGUGAGUUUCGCGGCCUCUCGCUCGUCGGCUACAAGUACAGGUUCUGGCACUACCAAGAACGAGCUAGGUCGUGCUUCUUCUAGGAAGCACUUGAAGGCGUUUAGUGCUGCCAGAAGGCAUCAGAAGAAAUACACAGACAUCAGCAGGAGAAGGAAAGAACUGAAAAAGAAGUCUGAUGUGCAGGAUGCGAACAACAACAUCAGCGCUUUAGCAGAGGACGCGAAAUCUUCUUCUUCGUCAUCUUCUUCAGCUGGAGGCAAACGCACGAAGACGCAACCAGCUGCCACAACAAGCUCACACAUAGAACAAGAAGAAGACCACGCAUCGGCUCAAGGAAGGCCGCCGCUUGUGUUGAGUGCAGAUGGAGCCGAACAAGUGGUGUCGUUUUCUUCUAGUAGAGUUGUGUCUGCGCCAAAGGGCACGACAGUGAUAAGAAGUAGUGCUGGAGGGAAGGGUCCAAAGAAUAAGACUUCAGCGCCAACAUUCAGUGGUGCCAGUAGUGCUACGGGAGAAGCAGACGGCACGAUUGGUACAAAAGGAGCUGCUAAGGGUAAUAACAACACGAACGGCAUCAAAAAUGAUCAAGGAGGUCCUUCCGCUACGAGUGGCGCAUCUAAAUCUUCUACUAGUACGACCAGUUUCACUUCUGCUAGACAGUAUACGCAAAGCCGGUUUAUGUUUUUCCACGAGCGACCCCUUUCACCUGCUCCGACAAAAACUGGCGCUUUCGCUGUCUCAAAGUAUCUGAUGAUGAAGAAGAAUGAGAAGACUGGUAAAUUAGAGGAGUCUCCUGCCGGGGGCACCACUACUAGAACUACAAGUGCUGCUGAUCAACAUCAUCUUGCCGCGACCAUUAGCAAAAGGGAUGCGAAGAUCAGCAUCACAGAACAAAGAGUAUCAACAACGCCCAGUGCUGGUACAACUAGGGAGAGUUCAGCGAGGUCAGGGUCAGGGAGACGAAGCAGUCGGGAUAGAAGAAGCAGUGCCGAUAGAAAAAGUUCUAAAAAACGAGGCCAAGAAGAAGUAGUUGCACUUACAUCGGGAGAAGAUGAAGGUGCUGCUGAGAGCUUCAUUGCGAGUGCUCGUCAGAAACAGACUAGCAUAGGACGUACACCGGCUUCGUCUAGUACUAGUAGUGCUACUAGGGGUAGGACACGAGGGCGUGUGCAAGACAUGAAAGCUACUAAUGCACCAACAACAGGAGCUUCUUCUUCUUCCAGGAACGACAUCGAGCAGCAGAAAAAAACAGCUGCGACUUCACCCACUUCCCGCAAGAAAGUCAAAUCACAGUCGUCACUCUCUUCGUCAGCAACUUCUAAUGCAAUGCUGAAACAGAGAUCCUUACUUGCAUCCUCGUCUUCCACUAAGGCGCGCAGGCCAUCUCAAUCCACGAGAUUUGUGUUUGAAGAUGGAGAAGAAGAAUCAUCUAGAACUUCUGAGCCUGAAAAGCAUCAAAGCGCUCUUCCGUUAGAUCAACACGAUUCCUCGAUUAGCAGCGAAACCUCGAUGCAAGCCACUCAGCGAAAAUUUUGGGAACGCUUUGGCUACCAAGAUGAAGAAGAAUUAGAAGCAAUAGAGAGGAGACGGACGAAAGCGCAAAGAAGCGUGGAUGUGGCGGAUUCUAAGACAGAUAUCCUAGGACUGGAAAACUUGCGGACUCCAGGCUACGGCUUGGUUGCUAGCGAGGGGGAGGAAGAGAAAGAAGCUGGAAGGAAGGGCGAAGAAGGUGAAGUAACAGGAGAUAGAAAGGGACGACGAGGAAGUGCUGAUCAAAAAAGGAAAGAGCAAUGGGUUGAGUUCAAGGAUGAAACAUCAAGCGCUAGAUUUUCAGCAUCCUCGACGGGUUCCCGAAGUCCCAACAAAAACCGAAACAGGAGAACACGCCGCGCUUCUUCGGGCCUCUCGGAGAGACCGCAACUAAACGGGUCUUUUUUUGGGAGUCAUGAUGCAAUCCUAGAGGAGAUGGCGGAAUUGGCUAGUAGAGAUCCUAGACGGAAGAUGAAUAAAGCAGGAGGAGAGGAUAGAGGAGGAGAGGAUAGUUGUGGAACGAGUUUUCAGAGUCAGAAGUGUUCCAAGUCUGUGGCCUUUUCGCCAAAUUCUAGAACGCAGCCUUCGAGGAGGAAAAGCAGUGCUGGAUCAGGAGAUCAACAUGUUGAAACUAGAAGAAACGAGAGGACGAGUACAGCUUCUAGAGGUGACCACAAGACGAAGACAAGGACAAGGCGGUCAUCGGGUAGAAGUGAGGAGGAGGAGGCAGCGAGUCCCCUCCACAAGCAAGUUGACAUGAGGUCCUCAUCUCUGCGACAAGAGCAAGCAUCUUCAGAAGAUGAUAUAGAUGAGGGAGUGGAUAUACUCAGGCAACUUCGUGCUGUAGCGGAUGCUAGGACGAGGAAGGUAAUAGGCGGUGGAAAGAGAAAAAACAUUAAGCAGCAAGAGGUACAGCGGCGAAGUAGAUACGAUGACGUGCCUGGUCAGUUGGGGGAAGAUGGUGAAGAAGAUGGAAGCUCUUGGGACUACUAAGUGCUUGUGGCGCGGCUGCUCUUUGUUUUGCUCUUGAAUUUGGAAUUUGUGUUGUUCGUAGUAAGCUCUACUACAUUAAUAUAGGAUAUUGGGAGAUAAAGGUGCUGUUUGAACAAUAGGGCAUGCUCUAGGAGCUAAAGAAUUCGAAUGGUAACUCAAAGUUUUGAGCGGGUAAACAGCAUUAGAUUCGAGCAGACUUGGAACUAAGUAUAGACGCGGUUGUUAGAUAUGGGUUUCGGAAUGAAGUCGAUAUUAAAGCUCAACUUUCAAUGGUCAUUGGGGUUGGUCACUGGGAUCGCAGCGAGGCUCUCCUUAGAAAACAGGGCAAAACACAGGGAGAACAAGUAGAGGGGUAAAGGGCCCUUUUCUUUCAGCAUCAGUGACCAAUGAAUGCUGAGCUUUUACGAUGAUGUGAAUACUGAGUUUUUUUUUUCAACGUGCGAUGUCCGAGGAUUCAUUGAUGUUGGAUUCGCGACGUUUUUUCUACUUCGGUUCGUGUACGGAGAGGUUUAAUACGGAUAAAAAAGAUCCAGUAUUUCUGAGACUCGUUGCACUAGCACUGUGCGGCUUGAUAGAGUAGCUUCAUUUGAAAGAUGGCAACUGGGAUUGCUGCCGAGCAGC